CUAUGUAGCCCAGGCUGGCCUCAAACUUGUACAAAUCCUCCUGCCUCAGCCUGGAAAGUGCUGGGAUUAUAGGGGUGCACCACCAGCCCUGGGGUUGGGUUUGAACUUUUGACCCUCCUGUCUCAUCAUGGCCUACCCAGCAAGUAGUCUCUGAGCUUCUGUCAUCUGCCGGAGUCCUGUCAAAGAUCCUGACUCUCUUGUUGGUGCUUGAGAUGCUUUUUUAAGUUAUAUGGAAAAAUGUUUAAGUGCUUUUCAGUUCUGUUUUGGUUGAGUUCUACUGUAUUUGAGUAGUAUUGUAGGCUUUUUUCCCCUUGCAUUGUUUUUGAGUGGUUUUAAUUUUUUGUAUGUGUGUGUUUGAUAAUAGUUAUUUAAUUAAAAAAAAAAAGAUCCUGACUCAGCCAGGAGCCAUCUCCUUAAACACAAAAAUCCUAUUUUACGUCCAUUGUACAAAGAACGGAUCCAAGCUGGGGCAUAUUCAUGUUUUCCCUCUAACUUUAAAGGAUGUGGAAAUGUACGAGGCUGUGGCAGUGCACACCUGUCAUUCCAGCACUCUGGGAGGCUGAGGCAAGAGAAUCCCAAGUUCCAGUCCAGCCUGGGCAACUUAAGGAGACGCUAUCUCCAGGGCCAGGGAUUUAGCUCAGUGCCUGGCCCUGGCUUCAUGCCUGUAACUAAAAAUAAAAAAUUCCAGUGGGCCCCGACGUCAUGGGGGCCCUGAGUGUCUAACAGUCUGCCUGCUCUGGGUCCUGGACUCCCCAAAGUUGUGAUCUGGUGCCUUAAAUGCCCCGUUUGGUAUCCCCAAAGCGCCUGAUUGCGCCGUGUGCAGUCUGGGCCGCCCCUCUGCUUUCCCUUGGGUCUGCCGUCCAGCGCGGCUCCUGGGGCCCCUCGGGGGACUUUCCCGGCCUCGGGUCUCGCGGUGACCUCACCGGCUCCUCCCCGUGACUUGGAGAGGGCGGCGCCUCCUCUCGGCUACUCGGGCCCUGCAGCGCGCAGCAGGAGGGGAGCGGAGGACGCUGCCCCAAAGGUCUCCCCGGGUCGCCCUCCUGCGUGUGGACCUGGGCACAGUGAUAAAUAGGAGUCGCUGGGCGAGCAGGAGGCAGCCAUCUGGAACAUGUCGCCACCAGCCCCAGCCUCUGCUGCCCACAUUCGCUCCCUCCCGUGCCCAUGGCCUGCCCAGGCCCGUCACUGCCUGGCGCCUUUGACCUCCUAGCUGCCACCGGGCCGGACCAGCUGGUGGUCCUGCAGCACAAGCUCCAGACGGUGUACAAAGGCCACCCAGGCGCCGACCUCCUGCACGCCAUGGUGCUGCUGCAGCUGGGCCGGGACACCGAGGCCCGGAUCUCACUGGACACCCUGAAGGCUGACACUGUGGCCCGUCUGGUGGGCCACCGGUGGGCCGGCAUGGACAGUGUCGAGGGCCCCGAGGAACCCGCCGAUGUGUCCUGGGCAGUUGCCCGCCUGUACCACCUGCUGGCUGAGGAGUCCCUGUGCCCAGCUGCCCUGAGGGACGCGGCCUACCAGGCAGCCCACCAGGCCCUCGGCUCCCAUGGGGACCCGCGGCUGGGUGAGCUGCAGGCUGAGGCCUUCGACUGCUGUGGGUGGGACGUCCUCGGGGACAUGAGGGGCUUCCAGCCUCUCUGCUCCAAUGAGGGUCCCCUGCAACUGUCAUCAGUGACACCGCCGAGGACUGGGAGCCUUCCGCGCCCUAUCGAGGACUGGAGCCAGGGGCGCUCACUGCGCUCCACGGGCAGCCCUGCCUCGCUGGCCAGCGACCUGGAAAUCAGCCAGUCGCCCACUAUGGCCUUCCUCAGCCAGCCCCGAGGCCUCCACGGGCCCAGCAAGCUCAGUACUCAGCCUCUGGGGCCUGAGCCUGUCCCCCUGGGGGGCCCGGAGCCGGAGGAGAUGAGCUGGCCCCCCUCGGCCCAGAUCACGGGGCCUCUGGAGCUGCCAAGCAUUCCUGCCCUGGAAGUGGGCCCCGACCCCCCCUCUCCAGGCCUCCCCGCUCCCCCUGCUCCCCCGGAGACUGGCGCCCACUCCCCAGUGGAGUGCACAGACGUCUCCUCAGGCCCCAAACCUCUCCCCUCACCGGAUCCCGAACCCACAGAAAGUCUUUGCCCCGUCAAAGACCAGAGAGCACCCCAGCUGUCUGUGGAAGACACCACAUCACAGGACUCCAAGCCCAGCCCGCCGAUGUCCUUGGCUCCGGAGACCUCCCUGCCCCUUCCUCCUGCUGCUUCCCCAUCCUCCGGCUCCGAGGCUCUGCCAGCCUCCUCCCGCCCGCUCUGCCCUUCUUCCUUCCAGUCCGAGGCAUCGGAGCAGAAGUUCUAUAACUUCGUGGUCCUCCACGCCCUGGCGGAUGAGCAUGUGGCCCUGCGAGUCCGGGAGAGGCUGGAGGCCCUGGGGGUGCCCGAUGGGGCCACGUUCUGGGAGGACUUCCAGGUGCCCGGGCGUGGUGAGCUCCGCUGCCUGCAGGACGCCAUUGACCACUCAGGCUUCAUCAUCUUGCUCAUGACCCCCAACUUCAACAGCGCCCUGAGCCUGCACCAGGUCAACCAGGCCCUGACAAGCAGCUUCACACAUCACGGCCGCCGAGACAGUGUCAUCCCCCUCCUGCCGCUUGAGAGUGCACCUGGGCUGCAGCGCUCUGACACCUCACGCCUGCUCUCCGGCCUCGUGUGGCUGGACGAGCACUCCAAGAUCUUUGCCAGAAAGGUGGGCAACACCUUCAAGCCCCAGAGGCUGUGGGAGCACAGGGCGCACUGGCAGAGGGAGCAGGAUGCGCGGGCCCGGCUGGAGGCCAGGCAGCGCCUGGACAGCGAGAGACAGCAGGCCGAGGCCUUGCACGCCGAGCACAGUGCCUACCUCCAGAGCUGCCUGGCCUGGCAGGCUCAGAUGGACAAGCUCAAGGUGGACUUCGGGAGCCACUUGUCACUUGGGACUCAGGUGCCUUAUCCGGCUCAGGGGCUCUUUGGGGUCCAGGGGCCCUGGGGAGCCCUGCCGCCCUUCCUGGGCUGGCCUGGGUGUCCUCAGCCACCAACACUGCACCCAGGGCAUACUGGUACCCCCUCACCAGCCUGCCCGCAGCCCCCCACCUUCCCCCAGCCCCCUACCUUUCCACCUGCCUCUCCUGCACCUCCUCAGACCCCCCUCAUUAUUCACCACGCCCAGAUGGUGCAGCUGGGAGUGAACAAUCACAUGUGGAACCAGAGAGGAGCCCAGACACCUGAGGACAAGGUGCAGGAAGCAGAAAGGCUGAGCGACCAGGCCUGACCCCCUGGGACCAUACCACCAUCCAGGCACCAGCUUUGGGUGGGACAUUCCCAGUGGGCAGUGGCAGACAGGGUCAUUUGCCCCUUUCUUUUUCUUUUUUUUUUUUGAGACAGAGCCUUGCUGACCUCGAAUUCAUGGCAAUCCUCCUGCCUCAGACUCCUGAGCUGGGAUUAUAGGCAUGUGCCACCAAGCCCGGCUGAUUUGCCACUUCUAAGACCUGGCCCCGGAGGACUGUCAUUUCUCAAAAUAAAGCCAAGAGGAGCCAGG